GUAGCUAUUAGCCAUAGCCUCCUAUAUUUUUGAGGCUAUGUAUUAGCAGAUGCAUUCGUUGAGUCCAUGGACAACACUGGCAGCGGUAGUCUCGGAGGCCAAGGGCGGGUGGCGUGUGUGCGAGUCAUCGGCUGCUCUACCUGUACACGUUUAACUGAUAAAAUUCAUGAGGUGGACUAGAGGCAUAUACCGUAUUACGUCACCGCAAAGAGGCCAUGACCUCAGAGCAGAAUGUGAGCGAGGAGGGUCUCGGUGCGCCCUCCUCCUUGCCCGCUGACGUCACCGGCUCCCGCGACGUCAGCACCUUCUUCUCGAUCAUGGAGUCGAGCUUCGUCCAUAUUAGGGAACCAUCCGAGUCCAGCAUCGAAACUGCCCAGUUCCUGGCGUGCUGCCGAUCCGUACUUCCGGUGUUUAAUGUCCUUGGGGGAAAGGUCUUCUCUCCGAUCAGGGCCGACAUCCAGGGAAACAUAGACAAACUCAACGAGAAAUACAAUACAGACAAGAAUGGCUUUGCUCGGUUGAUGGCGAUGCUGCAGAAGGAAGUCGAUGAAGGCAGGAACGCGACAUCUGGCCGAGCCAUUGAAGCCCUUCUGUGGCUCAAGAGGGCCCUGGAGUUCAUCCUUAACUUCCUCUCUGAGAUUCACGGGGGCAAUGAAAACUUGGCCGACUGUGCCACCAAGGCGUACAAUGGAACCCUGAAGCAGUACCACAACUGGAUCGUUCAAAAAUUGUUUGCCGUCGCUGUCCAUGCAAUGCCUUCGUUGAGGACCUUCAAGCGUGAGCUUGCUCCCAGCCCAAAGGACGCAUCGCAUCCCGAUUAUGCGAAACAGCUCCAUGCCGACUGUGGGGAGUAUGUGGUGGCCCUCCGUUCUGUUCUGGAGACCAUCAACCAAUUUUACAAGAAUCUAAAUCUGGAACCAAAUUCGUAAUACGGCCUUUCUCGUGAUACGUGCCUUACAAUGACUUAGUACAGAAUUCUGGGUGGUUACAAGCACCAAAAUCUAACCCGGUUCAUAAUAGCAAUCUCCGAAACAUGUGCCUUUCAACGACUUUGAACUGAAGUCUGUGUGGUCUUGCACAUUAAUAUUUUUUAGACUGCUUGCUAGACAUUAGCUUAAAUUUACGAUGAAUAGAAUGCCCAAUAUUUUAAUGCUGUGAUUUUACAACAUGCAUGCAAGUGCAGUUGCUGGCUUUUUAUAAUGGUUUAUUUUUUAUAGAUACUAUAUAUUUACCCGAUUUCAGAAGUUAUAUAUUAUGGCCUUACAAAUGCAAAGAGCUUUGUAACUUUAGUGCAAGUACAGAGAGUUCAUUCUGAUAUAUAUUGAUACACAAUGCAGAUGCAGUGCCUAAUUUCGGGAGUCUCGCAUCGUGAUCUCAAAAAUACAAAGUGCUUCUUAGCUUCAGUGCGAGUGCAAACAUUUCAUACAUCUCUAAAGGUGCCUUUAGUUUUAGCUAUCCACACACUGCAAUUUUACUUGAGCAUGUAGAGUGUAGCAAAUGUAUGCUUAAUUUAUAUAGGAAAGAUCAAUGAUGUUUUAUGCUGAUACAGAUAUCUAUAUUUUAUUGUUGACUGUCCCACUUGUGAUGCCUUUAUAAAUGAAACAAGGGGAAGUGGAUGUUUGUGUUCUGCCUCUCCAGUGUUUGCAAUCUCAACACGAUACUUUGUGUUGGUGUUAUGCUGUGCAAUGCCACAUAAAUCAUAUUAUGCACUGAAUAUUUCAUCCUCGGUCUUACGUUAAUUUUGACAAAUAAAGCUAUUUACAGUGUUGCUUA